UCAAAGAGACCAUUUCCUCCACAAAACACACAUAUCCCUAUCUGCUAAGCACAACUCCUUUCUUCAAACGUUUCUUUAUCACUCUUGAAACAAGUUUAGCCAGUGGCACUCUUUUGUUUCUCUUGCCCUUCUGCUCUACAUUUUUGCUGCAAUUUUCAGCCAGGGAAGGUGAAAAUGGCACAAAUCUUGGCCCCUUCUGCACAAUGGCAGAUGGGAAUUUCAAAGGGGUUAACAGAUGCAACCCCACUGACUACAAAGAUGUGGGGCUCUCUUGCUUUGAAACAAGGCUCAGUUAAAAGCUCAGCCAAAUUUGGAGUUUUUGCUGUUAAGUCCGACAACAGCACGAUCAACCGUCUUGAACAGAUGCUAAACUUGGAUGUAACUCCGUAUACUGACAAGAUCAUUGCUGAAUAUAUCUGGAUCGGAGGAUCAGGGAUUGACGUUCGUAGUAAAUCGAGGACCAUAUCAAAGCCAGUCGAACACCCUUCUGAGCUUCCCAAGUGGAACUAUGACGGCUCAAGCACUGGACAGGCCCCGGGAGAAGAUAGUGAAGUAAUUCUAUACCCCCAAGCAAUCUUCAAGGAUCCAUUCCGUGGUGGCAAUAACAUCUUGGUCAUUUGUGAUACAUAUACACCAGCAGGGGAGCCCAUUCCAACAAACAAGCGCUACAGGGCGGCUCAGAUUUUCAGUGACCCUAAGGUUUCGGCUGAAAUUCCAUGGUAUGGCAUCGAGCAAGAGUACACAUUACUCCAAACUAAUGUGAAAUGGCCAUUAGGUUGGCCUGCUGGAGGUUACCCUGGUCCUCAGGGCCCUUAUUACUGUGGUGUCGGGGCAGACAAGUCAUUUGGACGAGAUAUAUCAGAUGCUCACUACAAAGCGUGCUUGUAUGCUGGGAUCAAUAUUAGUGGUACCAACGGGGAGGUUAUGCCCGGGCAGUGGGAAUUUCAAGUCGGCCCGAGUGUUGGAAUUGAAGCUGGAGAUCACAUCUGGUGCGCUAGGUACCUCCUUGAGAGAAUUACAGAACAAGCCGGAGUUGUCCUGUCACUUGAUCCAAAACCAAUAGAGGGUGACUGGAACGGUGCAGGAUGCCACACCAACUACAGCACCAAAAGUAUGCGAGAAGAAGGAGGUUUUGAGGUAAUAAAGAAAGCAAUUUUUAACCUCUCGCUUCGCCACAAGGAGCAUAUCAGUGCUUACGGAGAAGGCAAUGAACGAAGAUUGACAGGAAAGCAUGAAACUGCUAGUAUCAACACUUUUUCAUGGGGAGUUGCUAACCGUGGUUGCUCAAUCCGUGUGGGUCGUGACACUGAGAAGAAUGGCAAAGGUUAUUUGGAAGAUAGGCGCCCGGCUUCCAACAUGGAUCCGUACAUUGUGACUUCUUUACUUGCCGAAACUACAAUCUUGUGGGAGCCAACGCUCGAAGCAGAAGCUCUUGCUGCUCAGAAGCUCUCUUUGAAGGUUUAAAAACUCAUCAUACACUGAAGUAAGCGAGCGUUGAGGAGAGGUAACCUUAUUCGUGCUAGGACGCCUAAAAUUUAAUCGUCUUUCUAUCCGAUCUCUUCGGGGAGAUCUUUGUAAGUAAGGGACUAAAAUGAGCAGACUUCUUGCUCAAGCUCAAAAUAAGUUCCUUCAACUUAAGUUGUUGGGAUCAGCUUUUGUGGUUUUCACAAUGUUUUCGUUUGAUGUUGUGCAGUUUUACUGUGUUCAUGCCCAAAAUAUGCCAUAUGGCAUAUACAAAGGCUAGAGAUAGCUUAACCUCUAAAAUCACUUUAUUGUUAAUGCAUGCAUCUUACUGAUCUA